GUUCUUCUUCACAGCAAAAGCAUCACGUAGAAUCUCUCCAACUCCUAAUUCUGGAGACAAGAUACACUUCUCUGAUCAAGAAAAUAAGGACAGCUGCGUGGUAGAGACUUCUGCAGCGCAACCGAAGAGCUAUGGAGAAAUGGCACUGGCUGGCGCUGGUGGUCCUGAUGGCACUAACGGUUCGGUGGGCUGUCUCUCUCCAUUCCUACUCAGGUACUGAGUUUCACUGCUUCAAAAGCAGGUAAAAUGCUGGGGUUGGUGCACACCUGUAAUCCAGGACCAGGAGACUGCGGCCGAAGGAUUGCUGCGAGCGUGAGGCCAGCCUGCCUGGAACACAGAGAGGCUCCAUCUCAAACAAACAAACAAGUGUCUGGCAAGCGUGAGGCCCUGGGUUCGAUUCCCAGUACCACACACACACACACACAAGCCCCCAAAAGUGCCGGGAAACCGCCGCUGUUCGGGGAUUACGAAGCUCAGAGACACUGGCAGGAAGUCACUGUGAACUUGCCAGUGAGACAAUGGUAUUUCAACAGCAGCGAUAACGAUCUGCAGUACUGGGGGCUGGACUACCCGCCGCUCACGGCGUACCACAGCCUGCUGUGCGCCUACGUGGCAGAGCGCAUCAACCCCGCCUGGGUCGCCCUGCACACGUCUCGGGGCCACGAGAGUCAGGCGCACAAGCUCUUCAUGCGCGCAACAGUUUUAGUUGCUGAUGUGGUGGUUUACAUUCCUGCAGUGGUUGUGUACUGCUGCUGUUUAAAAGAAGUCUCAACUAAGAAGAAGGUUGCCAAUGCGCUCUGCAUCCUGCUGUACCCAGGCCUUAUUCUUAUCGACCAUGGUCAUUUUCAAUAUAACUCCGUGAGUCUCGGCUUUGCCCUGUGGGGUGUCCUUGGAGUGUCUUGUGACUGGGACCUGCUAGGGUCACUGGCCUUUUGUUUAGCUCUAAAUUACAAACAGAUGGAGCUUUACCACUCCUUGCCAUUCUUUUGCUUUUUACUUGGCAAGUGUUUUCAAAAAGGCCUCAAAGGAAAGGGGCUGGGCCUGCUGGUGAAGCUCGCGGGCACCGUGGCUGCUUCCUUCACCCUCUGCUGGCUGCCGUUCCUCUCCGGGAGGGAGCAGACUCUGCAGGUCCUGAGACGCCUCUUCCCGGUGGACCGGGGGUUAUUCGAGGAUAAAGUAGCCAAUGUCUGGUGCAGCAUCAACACCUUUGUGAAGAUUAAGGACCUGCUGCCGCGUGACACCCAGAUACUAAUGAGCUUUUGCCUCACGUUUUUGAGCUCGCUUCCCGCCUGUGUAAAAUUAACACUCCGUCCCUCGCCCAGAGGGUUCAGACUUACUCUGGUCAGCUGUGCGCUGUCAUUCUUCUUAUUUUCCUUCCAAGUACACGAAAAGUCCAUUCUCUUAGUAGCGCUCGGCAGGUGGGACAAGGAUACUGGGGCUCAGCACGCCUUCUCCUUGGGCCCUGCUGGGCUGAGGCAGUCCCGUCCGAGCUGUGACCCUCGCCCGUUGCUGUGCCUCCUCUGCUCCUCUCCGCUACCCGUCUGCCUAGUUCUCAAUGAGGUCCCCUUUAUGUCCACUUGGUUUUCCCUCGUGUCCACGUUCAGCCUGCUGCCCCUGCUGCGCAAGGACGGGCUGCUGCUGCCGGCGCUGCUCACGGCUGCGGCCUUCUGCACGGCGUGCGCGGCCUUCCUCCCGCUGCGCGAGGCGGCUUCCGAGGAGGGGCUGCGGCUGCGGGCCUUCGCCGGCUCCCUGAGGCGGCGUCUGCGGCUGCCGGGCGCCGCGCUCCUUCCCCGGGCUACCUGGUGGCUGUUCCUCGCCUCGGUGGCCGCUAUGGUCCUUCUGACGCUCGCCACUGCCACCCUGCAUCCUCCUCAGCGGCUGCCCGACUUAUUUUCUGUGUUGGUGUGCUUCGUCUCCUGCUUGAACUUCCUGUUCUUCCUGGUCUACUUUAACAUCAUAAUCAUGUGGGACUCCAAAAGUGGAAGAAACCGGAAGAAAGUCAACUAGCUCUUCCAAAACAGAUGCGAACUUUUGUUAUGUGCAAGUGACUUUAGCGUUCUGGAUCCAGUUCCCGGAAAGGAAGUGAAGCGUCAUCACUGCCUACAGAAUAAGUGUGUGGAGCCAGAGCACAGGGUAGUUUUAUUAAUGUUAACAGCUAUCCAAGUGGAAAAAUAAAAGGGGAAUGCCCUUAAUCCCAGUAUUUACUUAGGGAAUAGACUGUUAAAACAUUGCAAAUAUACUGAACCUACUGGAAGUAUUAAGCCCCUCUUUAAAGAAAAUCACUGAGCCUGGGAUCUAGCUCAGUGGUUCCGUUGCCUGCCUCGAAAGCGCAAGGUCCCAAGUUUGAUCCCCGGUACAAAAAAAGAAAACAUUCAGGAAAUCACUAAUGUUGGUGUUCACAUUCAUUUUCUUUGCAGUUCAGCCUGACAGUAACAUGUGUUUCAUUGUUUAGAAGUUAUAGCUCAGGGAAGUAAUCUGUGAAAAUCAUUAUAAACUGCUUGAAUUUGAAUAUGCCUUAUUAUGUAUGCAGAUUUACAGGCUAAACUGGUUUUUACUUCCAAGGAUUCAGAUUUACUUAAAUCUAUUUAAAACAUGAGAUUUCCUGAAUUUCCCGUCUUAAAUCUAAGUGAGGUCUUUUUAAUCACCCGCGCUUUGGUUCUGAGCCUGCAGCAGCUUUGAGUCUGCCCCAGGCGGGGCUCCUUGCGGCCGGCCUCUGCCUCAGCCGCGCGGCCCUCGCUUGUCCCUCCAGGAGGCGGAUGUCCAUCUGGACGCUGAGGCAUCACCACGUUGUGUCUCUCAUCGGAGGAUGUGCUCAUCUCCACGGUGGAAAUAAAACCAUUGCUCACCG